CGGUGACAAGGAGCGCAAGGGGGGAGGCGGAGGAGGAAAGAGCCGAUACUGAACUGACCAUAGUAACCCGAGCCUCGGAGCCCACACCGCUAGGCUGUGCCAGCUUUGGCCCGUUCUCCCCGCUCCAGCCUUGUCUUCCAGCGCUCGCUGCCUCUUUAAGUCACCCAGCUGCCUACCUGCUGGGCCUUCAUUUGACAUCUCAUAUUCGGCCACGUAACACAAGCGGCCUCCUCUUAUUUUGCGUGUUGUGGGCCAGCCGAGCGGUGAAUGGCGGUAGUUACACCCGGGGUCACCAUGUCCAAACACGAACAAAUCCUUAUUCUUGACCCGCCCAACGAGCUGAAAUUCAAAGGUCCAUUUACAGAUGUGGUAACAACAAACCUAAAACUACGGAACCCAUCAGAUAAAAAAGUAUGUUUUAAAGUCAAAACUACAGCACCUCGGCGUUAUUGUGUGCGACCAAACAGUGGCACCAUAGACCCUGGAUCCACAGUCACAGUUUCAGUAAUGCUACAACCUUUUGAUUAUGACCCAAAUGAAAAGAGUAAGCAUAAGUUUAUGGUGCAAACCAUUUUUGCUCCACCAACAAUAUCAGACAUGGAAGCUGUGUGGAAAGAGGCAAAACCCGAUGACCUUAUGGACUCAAAGCUGAGAUGUGUAUUUGAUAUGCCUCAUGAACAAGAAAAGCCAACACAUGAGUCAACCAAAUUGUAUUCAUGUCUUCCUGGAACAAAAGGCAGUUCUUCCAUGGAUGACACUGAAACACGGAAGUUAAUGGAGGAAUGUAAGCGACUGCAAUCUGAAAUGAUCAAACUAUCAGAUGAAAACCAAGUUCUAAAAGAGGAAACUUUACGAAUGAGGAAGGCAUCAGAUAAAUCAGGCAAAAUGUUACGAGAUCAAGGCAUCCCUAUUCCAUCUCUUGUUGUUGUCAUUGCAGCAAUUUUCAUAGGAUUCUUUCUAGGAAAGUUCAUCUUGUAAAGCAUGUGAUGCGCAAUUUUUUCCCUCCUGGCCAGAAAGGCUAUCUACCAGUACUUUCGGUAGAAUUGUUCUACAGGCUGUUUUGUGUACAGAAUCACAUAGGCACCACCUUAACAAUCUCACAGUUGGGGAAGCAGAAUUAAAAAAAAAAAAACAAAACAAAAAAAAAACCUGUGGUUAUGGGACUAUUGUUCGUUCAUCAGCAGCAAGUGUCUGUCAUAUGUUCAAUUCUUUAUGGUGGGGAGGUGGAAGUAAUCUAAAAAAAAAAAAA